AUGGCAGAAGCCAGAUUUUCUCAGGAUGAGUUCAUGUGUUCAGUGUGUCUGGAUCUCCUGAAGGAUCCAGUGGCCAUUCCCUGUGGACACAGUUACUGUAAGAUCUGUAUUACAGGCUGCUGGGAUCAGGAGGAUCAGAAGAGAGUCUACAGCUGUCCUCAGUGCAGACAGACCUUCAGUCCAAGACCUGCUUUAGCUAAAAACACCAUUCUGGCUGAACUGGUGGAGAAACUGAAGAAGAUUAAACUUCCUGCUGACUGUUACGCUGGAGCUGGAGAUGUGCAGUGUGACGUCUGUACUGGAAGAAAACACAAAGCCGUCAAGUCCUGUCUGGUGUGUCUGAACUCUUACUGUCAGAAUCACCUUGAACAACAUGAGAGUUUCUUUAAAGGAAAGAGACACAAUCUGACUGAAGCCACUGGACGACUGCAGGAGAUGAUCUGCCAGAAACACGACAAGAUCCUUAAGUUUUUUUGCUGCACUGAUCAGGAGUGUAUAUGUGUGCUGUGUACGAUGGAUGAACAUAAAAACCACGACACUGUAUCAGCUGCAGCACAGAGGACAGAGAAACAGCACCAGCUGAAGGAGACGCAGAGGUGGUUCCAGCAGAGGAUCCAGCAGAGAGAGAAAGAUCUUCAGCAGCUGAGAGAGGCUGUGGAGUCUCAUAAGCACUCUGCACAGACAGCAGUGGAGGACAGUGAGAGGAUCUUCACUGAGCUCAUCCGCUCCAUUGAGAGAAGCCGCUCUGAGGCCACACAGCGGAUCAGAGAUCAGGAAAAGACUGCAGUGAGUCGAGCUGAAGGACGACUGAAGCGACUGGAGCAGGAGAUCAAUGAUCUGAGGAGGAGAGACGCUGAGCUGGAGCAGCUUUCACACACACAGGAUCACAUCCAUUUCCUGCAGAGUUUCCAGUCUCUCUCAGCUCCUCCUAAAUCUACAGACGUAAAUGACGAUCCCUUCAGUUCUCUCUCCUCUUUUGAUGUUGUGAGAGAAUCUGUCCGUCAGCUGAGAGACAAACUGGAGGAUUUCUGCAAAGAGGAGCUGAAGAAGAUCUCUGACAGAGUCACUUUCACCAACAUUGUUCCCAGAACCAGGAACGACUUCCUACAAUAUUCCCAUCAGCUCAAUCUGGAUCUGAACACUGUGAAUAAAUACCUCCAUCUGUCUGAGAGGAACAGAGUGAUUACUUUCACUUUCCCAGAGCAGUCAUAUCCUGAUCAUCCAGACAGAUUUGAUGUGUGUCGUCAGGUGUUGUGUAGAGAGAGUGUGUGUGGACGCUGUUACUGGGAGAUUGAGUGGAGUGUUGGUGUGGAUAUAUCAGUGUCAUAUAAGAGCAUCAGCAGGAAGGGAUUGGGUAAUGAGUGUGUGUUUGGAUGUAAUGAUCAGUCCUGGAGUUUGUUCUGCUCUUCCUCCAAUUACUCAUUCAGACACAAUAACAUAGAGACUAAACUCCCAGUAAAGUCCAUCUUCAUCAUGAGAAUAGGAGUGUAUGUGGAUCACAGUGCAGGAACUCUGUCCUUCUACAGCGUCUCUGGAGACACAAUGAGCCUCAUCCACACAGUCCAGACCACAUUCACUCAACCGCUCUAUCCUGGGUUUACUGUUGAUUUUGGAUCAUCAGUGAAACUGUGUUGAUGAAUCAGAAUAGACUGUAGAGAGAUUCUACCCAUAAUGCUCAGAUCAGAGAGAGAGUGUGUGUGUGUGUGUGUGUGUGUGUGUGUGUCAUGUCUUUCCCUUUUCACUUAAGACAGAGGACAAUAAAGAAAUAACAAUUCAGGAACAAAAGAACUUGCAUCUUUAAUGCUCACAUUGCACUUGAAUUCUCAGAGCAAAUCACUUCGUCAUCUCUAUGUGACUCCACCCAUUACUUACGUAUUAAAGUAACUAUUAUUUUAUUCAUACAUAACACACAUAACCAUUUUUAUUAUUACUAUUAAAAUUAUCUUAAGCUGCAAUGAUCAAAUACAGGAUUCAUUAAAAUUUAUCAUUCAAUAAAAAAUGUAAUUUGUUAUAAAAUUGAUAAAUGUAUAUGUAUUAAUACAUUUGAAAUAUAUCAAGCCAGAUUAUGUGAUCAUACUGUAAACUCUUGAUCAGUGUAAGUAUGAGCACAAUUAUUAUAAUCUAAUCCAGUUUACUUUAAAUAAACCUCCUCCUGAACAGGAUUUACAGAUCUGAUGCUCUGACAACUCUUGAGAAAAGAUCAAACAACAAGGAUUGAGUCAAAUCAUCAUCAGUUCAAUCCAGAUAACUCAGAAAUAUAUUAGGAAUGAAAGAAGGAAAACUGUAAGCUGAACUCUGAAAUGAGUCCAGAUGAAUCACAUCAUUACUGUAAAUGUCAGAAUUGUUGGAGUUUCUUUGUUCAGUGGUUCAUGCUGCUUGUCCUGAUCUAGAAAGUAUCCUGACAUGAUAAAACCAUGUUUUUCUACAUGAACUGUGGUAAUACCAUGCUCUGAAUUCAUCAUGUAGUGUUGUGGUGAAUAAUGUCAGUGUUUUCUUUCUAUAUCUGUCAUGUGAUCAUCCCGCUGCUGCUCUCAGUGCUGUAAUGAACACAAAUAAUUCAAUAUAUUAAUAUACUUCACUUUCAUCAGAGCAAAGAGAGUCAAUGAUGAAGUGUUUCAAUAGAGGAUGUCAAACACUCAUUAGCUUCUUCUGCAUCUAGCAGCACAUUCAUAGAUGAGUGACCCAUGUGAUCUAUACAAGCAUUUCCCAACCCUUUUUCAGUCAUGUCACCCUUUGAAAAUGUGAAAAAAUUUUUGGGUGAGCUUGGACCUGAAGCCUCGCAAUUUGUCGGUAGAAGUGAAAAUAUUUUCAUCUUUGCCUUGCAUUUUUGUGUUCAGUUAACUCUGCAUAUUUUGAAUUUUUCUGGUUGAGGAACAUUUUUAACUCUUUCCUCAAUUCAUAGAGUCGUGCCAAAACCUUGCCACGUGAUAGCCGUCGAACGGCCAUAUGUAAUGUUGUUUUAUAUCAAGGAAAUGCAAUUACCCUGCCUCCUUGUUUUCCAUUUUAGAUGCCUGUUGCUACACAUUUGUAUUAAAUGUACUGUCCAUAACAUACCUGCAAACUCCAAAGUGGUGAAAAGGUGACAUGUUUACAAAGUAAAUAGUAGUAGGGGGGUCUGGGGGCAUCCCAUUUUUGUGAUUUUAACAUGCAAACUAAGCAUUUCUGUGCACUCCCACAAGAAAAUAAAUGGAAAAAACAACAUUUGCUUCAAGUAAAAAAAAAAAUAAAAUAUUGACACUAGGGCUGGGGAUUGACACAAAUUUCACAAUUGGAUUUGAUUUUGAUUCAGAAGCUUGCGAUUUGAUUUCGAUUUGAUUACCUUCAAUUCAAUAAUGAUUAAUUUGGGGCCUAUCAGAUAAAGUAUAUGGCAAAUUUAUAUGGCAAAAAAAUACAGGGAACCACAGCUGGUACAUCAUUACAAUAUUAAAGGUUAAAAUGAAUUGAUUUGUAAGCUACUUACAUAUAAAUUACACAAAGAAGUUUUUAUAAUAACGUUAUAAUACAUUUUUUGGAACAUAUUAGGCCUAUGUUCCAAAACUUUACUGAUGUAUUUAACGUUAUCUAUUUCUUAUAAAGCUUUCAAAGUAGGCUACACUACACUCCUCACAAUCCAACCAACCAACCAAAAUGUGCCAAAUACUACCAUUAAAGUAAGGUAAGGAUUCGACACGCAAACCGAAGUACGCACGUGAUUGGACAAAGUGAGGCUUCGUUUGUCAUCGACCACGUGAUUCUGUGGAAACAAUACAUGCCUCGAUACGCGCAUCAGGUCCUCUGUGUCAUAUGUAACAUCACUACCUUGUGUUUCUCUUGUGUUUGGUCUGUCAAUGUUUGCUGUUCAUGCAGAAGCUUCUGUUCCCUGUGCUCUUGGUGUUCCUUUUGUUUUUGGCUUUUGUUUUUAAGUUUGUUUCUUCAAUAAACCAUUUGCACAUAGA